UUGGCAGUCGGCAGCACUUUUUCCAAGAACAUGAUGAUCACAUUUAGCAAAUAUAUACAUAAAGAUGCAUCUGUUCAGAUCAGAAAUUCGGGGCGCCUCCCACCCUGGUCUUCUUAGGGGUUUCUGUUUUGGCGUUUUUGUACUUUCCUAUAAAAAGGUAUAAUUAGACAGCACAUUUAAAAAUCAAAGUGGUCACAGUUUUAGGGUUUUAGCCCUUUAUAGAAUUGGAACUGCAUGUUUACGUAAUACUUGAUAACACAUUUCCGUUGCAUGCAUUGUAAGAUUAUCCAACCAACCAGAGUAAAUUAUGAUCAUACAGCAAGAACAAGGAAAACUAUGAAAGAGGAAGACAAUUUAAAGCAAUAAUUAAGUGCAUUUGUUGUUAUUUAGCAAAUACAGAGGCUCGUAAUAAAUUACGCUGUACAUAAAUAGCUAAAUGUGUCAAUUAGUAAAUACGUAAAUCAUAAUAGGAUUGCUUAAUUAUGUUAUAUAUAACAUCCCAUUACUUGUAAUUACGCUGUUAAGAUCCAAUUCGAAUCUAAAGUGGAGAAAUAUAGUUGUUAUAGAGACUCUGUACUAUAGCUAAUCGCGACCAUUGGUUUGGCAUUGAUCGAUUACUAGCUCAUGUCCUUGUUCACAUUAAUAGCUGACAAAAUUGUGUCUGGGUUUAGACAUUAAUAGCUAAGUGGAACUGAAUUGUACCUGGAUAGAUAUGUGUUUGGGAAACUGUUAUGGAAUAGGGCAUUUACAACAAAAAUGGUAGCAGCAGCAAGAAUCAAGGACCCCAUCUUAAAUGCCUAGAGCUCCAAGAAAGACAAAUCAAGUGAGUAACUGGUUUAACGUAGUACUGAGAGAAACAAGAGGUGGAGAUAUCUUUGAAAACGAGGCAGCAACAGCAUCACUGUACACUGUGGAAUCAUUGUACACUAGGUUAUCUUGUGAGGAGGUUUAGAGAUAGAAAUAAGCAUGACCGAAGCCAGAGGAGGGAGAAACCUCCAAUUCUCAGAGUUCCAGGUCAUAAUGCAGAAAUGGGAACAAAUGGAGCAAGGAAAACAAGCUUUAGAGGAAAUAGUUGGAGCAGUGCAAAGAGAUGUAGUAAAGACGAAGAAAGAAAAGAAAUCGUAUGUGAAUACAUGGGAAAACAAUGGAAAACCAGAGAAUCAGGAUCCUAUUGCAAGAUUAACAGCAAUGUUAGAGAAACCCAAGCUUGCAUAUGCAAACCAGAAAAGUAAAGAUUUCCUAGAUGCAAGGGUGAUAAGCAGAGGUGCAAAUGAGGACCCCUAUGAGAAACUAGGUAAAGAUGAAGAAGACAGGAAACUGGAAUACAUCAACAGAAGACAGACAAAGAAUGAAGAUCCCAGGAGAUAUUACGCUGACAAGUUAAGGCUAUGUUUACAAGGAUACGCUCCAGCCAAGAGAACAUUGUCAGAGUUUAAGACUGCAAUGAUUUUGGGGUUGAACCACUGUGAACUGUGGAGAAUGUGUUUACAGUUUAUGCCCAAAGUACUGCAAAAUGAGGGUGAGAUUAAAGCAGUACUGGAUCAUCAGCUGGAUGAAAUGUAGAGAACAGGGCAAGUUCCUAUGAAGGUAAACGCGAUGCCUGGCUUAGUAUCCGAUGAAUCAGAUAAAGAGGAAAGUUAUGGAGAUCUCCAUGCAAUGCAGCCCAAAAAUAUCUGUUUUUACUGCAAAGGUACAAGUCAUAUGAAGAGAGACUGCAGGAAGUUGGCCGAAUGGGGUAAAAGGAAUCCAGUGCAAUGGCAUAAGAGAAACCAGACAAGAGGAACAAGAGUUGCAAACAAACAGAAGCAACAACAGGAAAAAUAUCAAUUUUUCCUGUUAUAAUUGUGGAAAAAUAGGACGUUACUCGAGUGACUGCAGAAAGAAACGGAGUGAUAACGGAGGAGGCGGAAAAGUGGUAGAUCUAGAGAAAGCAAUGGCAGAUCAAAGGAAGAAAAUGAGUAAGAUGCUUCCAGUGUUCCAACAGUGCACAGCUGGCAACUCCAGAGAUGAAGAAAUUUGAUUUAAUAAAUAGUGAUAUAAAUGAAUUAAUAAAUUUUUCGUUAAGAAUUAUAAUAAGAGUUAUAAAUCCUUUAUCUGUGGCGUUAUUUAUAGUAAAUAUAUUAAACAAAGAAGA